GUGGUUCCGGCGCCGGCGAAGCCUCCGCCGAAGAAGCAGAAGGUCGCGAAGGAGAAGAAGAAGGCUGAUGACGUGGCACCUCCGGCCGCCGGCGACGGAUCUUCGUGGGGCAUCGUCAUCGAAGCUUGCAAGCAAUGCAAUUCAUUCAAGACAAGGGCCAACAUUGUAAAAGAAGGUUUGGAAAGUGCUAUACCUGGCAUUGAUGUCACAAUUAAUCCUGAGAAGCCUCGUCGGGGAUGCUUUGAGGUUCGCAAGGCAAGCGGAGAAAUUUUCAUUUCCCUUCUGGGCUUGAAACGACCAUUCACACCGAUGAAGAAUCUCGACAUGGACGAAGUUGUGGAGGACAUUGUCAACAAAAUCAAGUGAAUAUAGCAGUUAAACCCUAUGCUUCAAACUUAUCUUAGCAUGUUACGUACAUUUUGCUGCUUAGUUUGGUACUAGUUUUUGCUGCUGACAAACUUAUCUAGCAUGUUAUGUGCAUUUUGGUGACAUGUUGUUCUCUGGAAGUAGCUUGAUAUGAAGGGCUAAUGUUUCGUCUAUUUUUGUCGAAAUAUUGGAGAAUGGGAUGGUAAUUUGGAUUUGAAUAUGCUAUGAUUUAUGUGGGGAAUGCUUAAAUUUGCAUUAAGUGAAGAAAUCUUCUUGGCUUGCCUUUUC